CCCGGAUACAGAGGCUGUCGGAAUGUCGCCGCUGUUGGCAACAUUCCCGAAGUGACAAUCACAAGAACUGGAUUCCAUCUGUGCACACCGGCCAACUCCUCUAACUUGACCGGGUCACGGAGAUGCCCUACCAGCGGCUUUCGGGCCAAAUCAUCUCCUUACGAGCCUUUAAAUGGGAUGCUUCGAAAGCCUUUCAGGAAGAAGAUGAGCCUGAAGUCUGAACGCCGAGGAAUUCAUGUGGACCAGUCGGAGCUCCUGUGCAAGAAAGGAUGCGGUUACUACGGCAACUCUGCUUGGCAGGGCUUCUGCUCCAAGUGCUGGAGGGAGGAGUACCAGAAAGCCAGGCAGAAGCAGAUUCAAGAGGACUGGGAACUGGCCGAGCGGCUCCAGCGGGAGGAGGAAGAGGCCUAUGCCAGCAGUCAGAGCAGCCAGGGGGCCCAGUCCCUCACAUUCUCCAAGUUUGAGGAGAAGAAAACCAACGAGAAGACCCGCAAGGUCACCACGGUGAAGAAGUUCUUCAGCGCCUCUUCCAGAGUGGGCUCCAAGAAAGAACUCCAGGAAGCAAAAGCUCCCAGCCCAUCCAUUAACCGGCAGACCAGCAUUGAAACGGAUAGAGUUUCUAAAGAAUUCAUAGACUUUCUCAAGACCUACCACAAGACAGGCCAAGAAAUCUAUAAGCAGACCAAGAUGUUUCUGGAAGGGAUGCAUUACAAAAGGGAAUUCAGCAUCGAGGAGCAGUCUGAGCACACUCAGGACUUCUACCAAGGCAUGGCGGAAAGAAUACAGACCCGCGGGAAAGUGCCCCCGGAAAGAGUUGAGAAGAUCAUGGACCAGAUUGAGAAGUACAUCAUGACCCGUCUCUAUAAGCACGUUUUCUGCCCGGAAACCACUGAUGAUGAGAAGAAAGACCUCGCCAUUCAGAAGCGGAUAAGAGCCCUGCACUGGGUCACACCACAAAUGCUCUGUGUCCCCGUCAACGAGGAGAUCCCGGAAGUGUCUGACAUGGUGGUGAAAGCAAUCACAGCCUGGGGUCCCACAGCCACGUGGUGGAGCAGCAGUGCCGACAGAAGGCCAGCAGCCACUCCCUGCACUCCUCCUUUAAACGGUGUCCAACCCCGGGUGGGAAAGGAGGGGUACCUUUCCCCCACCCCAUACCCCUGCACUGAGCUCCAGCCUUUUCCCCUGCAGUGCUGUGCCGUGGCCUUCAUUGAGAAAUUGGAUGCCCAGUCCCUGAACCUGAGUCAGGAGGAUUUUGACCGCUAUAUGUCGGGCCAGACGUCACCUCGGAAACAGGAGGCUGAGCCUUGGGCCCCAGAUGCUUGUGUGGGCGUGAAGCAGAUGUACAAGAACUUGGACCUCCUGUCUCAGCUGAACGAGCGGCAGGAGCGCAUCCUGAGUGAAGCCAAGAAACUGGAAAAGGACCUCAUCGACUGGACGGACGGCGUGGCCAAAGAGGUCCGGGACAUCGUGGAGAAGUACCCGCUGGAGAUUAAGCCCCCCAGCCAGCCCCUGGCAGCCAUUGACUCAGAGAACGUGGAGAACGACAAGCUCCCGCCGCCCUUGCAGCCUCAGGUGUACGCAGGAUGACGGCUUCAGGAGCGUCUCUCCGAGUCAGCAGGGUGGCAGGGCUGGCCCUCGCUCCCCUCUGCUGUGGGAUGGAGUCCAGGGGGUUCCCGGGAGAGCUGGGGCGCUGCUUCUGGCCUUCUGAGGGUCAGCACUUUUAAAGGUACAGUUCGGUGGGGGUGGUUUCUUGGUUUUCUUUUUGUGUUUAUUUUUCUGGCAGAGGAAGGGUAGUAAAUAAUAAACAGUUAUUUAUUUGCGUUA